UUCCUUCUCAUCCUACAAAGCAGUUUGACAUCAGUUAAGAGCAUAGAGGAGAACCAAGCCUCUUCGAUCUCGUUGAUAUCUCUUCUUCUUCUGCGGCUUCGAACAAGAACCUGAGAAACCUCUCUUUUUGUUCUCUGUUCUCGUUAUACCCUUAAACCACACAAUGGCUCGUUCUCUCUCCAACGCUAAGAUCCUCUCUGUCUUCGUUUCCGAAAAGCUCUCAAACGCUGUUUUCAGACGAGGGUUCGCCGUCGCAGCCAAAACGGCGUCAGAGGGGAGCGUUUCGAGCAGUGAAAACGCUUCUUCUGCCGUGAUGAAGAACAAAGUUGUGGAAGCCUCAAGCGAGAAGGCGCCAUGGGUUCCAGACCCUAAAACCGGUUAUUACAGACCAGAAACCGUUUCUGAAGAGAUCGACCCGGCUGAGCUACGAGCUGUUCUCUUGAACAACAAGCAAUAAUUAUUUUUUAAAACCGUUUUUAUUUUGAUUAAUGCUCUGUUUAAUGAGGAGAUUAAGGAAAAUAUGUAGGUUAUGAUCCUUUGCGGUGAACCCAAAUUUAUUCCGUUGCUAUUUGUGUAAUAAUCGUAUCGUUUGUUUGAUACUUUUGAUCUAUAUCAUUAAUUUAUGAAACU